AAGUCCCGGCCCGCGCCCCGCCGGCUGCAAACAGGCCCUAAUGAGCCGAGGGCUCCGUGCGGGGGCUGCGGCCAGCGGGACCGGGCAGCGCGGACCCGGGCCCCCCCGGGCUGAGCCGGGAGGAGCCGGGGCCGGCUGGGACACUCGGCACCCGCCCGGGCCUCGCGAAUGGAAUGGGCUGCCAAACCUGCCUCGCAGCCAAGGUGACUCUGUCCAGGCACGUGAGGCGCUGUGGCAGGGGAUCCUGACCGGGUGUUGUGCAUUGGGGGACCCAGAUGGGUGCUCAGUGUUUCCAGGAGCCACACGCAGCUGGAGAAAAUGACACAUGGCAGAUGAGCUCCUCACUGGUCCUGUGCCUGCCCAGCCUGUCCCUCAAAUGCAGCAGGAAUCAGAUCAUGCCAGGACAGGGGAUUUAGGAGCAGAGAAAGCCUGCCAAGAGCCCCAGAGGUGGUGCUGCAGCCAGGAGCAGUGGUUCACGCUCUGCUGAGGACGUGAUGAGAGGCCUGGGAGGUCCUCCUGGUCUAGGAACAGCCUGGUGAGGGCAGAGCCCGGGCUGUCAGCGUUCCCUGCAGGGGAUGUCAGAGCCUGCUGAACCCUUCCUCUUAUGUCUUAUUCCCCCAAUUCCUUGCAGGCCUGAAGCCACUCAAGGCCACAAGUGUUCCCCAAAGGAGCCUGGCUCUGGGGAGAUGCAGGUUUUCCAAACAAGACAUGAGUAAGAGAUGCAGUUAGCACAGGUGGAAGCCUGGAGAAUCUGCAGAUGGUAUGUGGUCAGGAGCUGGAGGACUUCUGGAGGCUCUGCACUAUGAGUGGAUGCUUGCCAGGAGAUCAAGAUAGGCAACAUUCCCUUUGAAAACCAGUCAAGCUUGGCAUGGUUUGGCUGUGCAAGGCACAAAGCAGGAGUCCCCCCUCCCAUGCACCACCCCACUGGCUGCUCUCCAUCCAGACAAAGCCCAUUUUCCAGAGACUCCCACCUACCUGGUAGUUAGCGAAGUCAUGUGGCCACAGCACUUAAUUAAUAAAAGGCUGAUAUAAAUCCCAGUAAACAUGUGGGGAGGAGGACACUGAGGCAGAGAGCGGCAGCAGCACUUCCAGCCAGCUCAGUGGAGCAGCGGACAGCAGCCCCCUCUCUGCUGGGAGAGGUCAGUGCUUCCCACGGGAGGGGUCUUGGGAACGUGCGGGAUGUGACGCCCGUGGCUGUGGGGCUCCCCACAGUGCAGAGGGGUCUCUCCCAGCGAAGAGCUGGGCGGUUUUGUGGGAUGGGGAGAUGAGGCUAGCACUGGGCUGCUGGAGCCAGGUUUGGAACCUCAAGCUGCCCAAGCAGCAGGCACAGGGUUUCCAAGGGUUUGGCUGAUAUUUGGUGGAUACCACCUCCUGGCCCCUUUACUUUUGCUCCCUAAGAGGUCACCUACAUUUUAGAGGCUUCAGGCCCCCAAAGCCCACAGCCUGGCCCUGCAGCUUCUCCUGUCCCCCAGCUGUGUGUGCUGCGGUCCAUCUCCCUGCCCAGCACUCAGAUUCUAGUGACACUUCCGGGCUCAGAGCCUGGCAGGAGCUGUGUCAGAUGUUUUGGCCACACACUGGGCACCUCCAUGGUGGCUGCUGUGUGUCGGGCAGAAGAACCUGAACUGACACAAAAAAGAUCAAAUCUCGGUCCAGUCUCUGCUGCUCAUCCCUUUCUGUGGGGACAUCAUGAAUGUGCUCACAUGCGGAGUGCCUCGUAGCGCAUGACAGAGCUUUGGGGGGUCCUGCUCCCAGGUGUCUGUGGGCCCAAAAAAGGCUCUCAAUUCCAAGGGAACAAACAGCUGGGAGUGGUGGCUGUGCUGGCAGAGGCUGACAUGGCACUUCUCAAGGUGGCGGGGAAUGAUGGCAGGGGAGGGGACAGGCCAGGCUGCCAGCAGGUGGGCUAAUGCUGGCCAAGCCCCUCUGCACAGGUUGUCCCCCAGGACCAUGCUGAACGUGCUGCUGCUGUGCUGCGGGCUGCUGCAGGGGAUCCAGGCUGUCCUGGAUCUCAGGACUGCCGACCUCAGCUGUGGCCACCUGCAGAAGGUGAGCGGCGGGCUGGAGCGGGUGGACAGAGCCCGCCAGGCCAGCCUGCAGCGCAAAGGCAAGGAGGCGUCCGCGGAGCCGGCAGGUGAGUGCUGGGGCCGCCCGCGCUCACUGACCCCAGCGGCUGCUCGCUGGGAAACCCAGGGGCCCAAAACUGAACUGGGGGUCCCACACCCAGAGUUAGGGCAUCCUCUUAAAGCAGCACAGCUUCUCCUGGCCCUGGCUAGUGAGAGCAGCUUGGCAGCCCACAGGGAAUGGGGUCUUUUUUUUGAUGGGGACACACGAGCAAAGGCAGAAGAAUCAGAGCUGACCCUCCAGCAGCCUCCUUGUCCAGUCUCUCUGUAUCUCGCAGGAGCUCUCCCAAGGCUGGGGUUUGAGCAGAUGGCCCUGGGGGUCCAAGAAGCUGAUGGUGACCUUGUGCAGAGAGGCAGCCUGCUGGAACCACAGGCAUCAUCCACAGAACUGCAAGCUGAGGGCCGUGAGGAGCGCUCCCCCCGCCGCUGUGUCCGUCUCCUGGAGUCCUGCCUGGGCCACCAGAUCCCCUGCUGCGACCCCUGUGCCACCUGCUACUGCCGCUUCUUCAACGCCUUUUGCUACUGCAGGAAAAUCAGCACCAACUUCCCCUGCGGCAAGAACUAGCGGCCCUGGGGCUGCCAGCUGCUCGCCCCUGCGUGUGCCUUCUUCUCUGCAGCUCCAAUAAACCAGCCCUUUGCAAAAGCCACUGCAGAGUGGGAGUGCUGUGACGUGUCUCAAGGGCUCUUGGGGGGUGGCAGCAGGGUGAGGGUGGCCUGUGUACAGCUGGGCGGUGUCCACACAGCCGACACCGCAGGACACAUCCACGUCAAACCACAUGCGCCUUUCCUGGAUCCCUAAGUGCUGGUUCAGCAGCAGGGGCACCCCAGGUGAUGUUCUGGCUACGCUGCUGCUCCCCACAAAAUCGGGCUCGCUCCUUGCUGUGCCCUGAGCCGAUAAUGACACUCUCCAGAGAGACGCUGAUUGUUUAUUCCAGAGCUGCCCCAGCCUGGGUGCUCGGUGCUGUUCCACAAAUCCAGCUCACCCCACCGGACUUUCUGUGCCGUUAUUUACCCAGACAACUUCAGGGUUAGUGACUUCCCAAGGACAGCCCCUCUAUUGAGAUUGGUUAGUAAUUUCCAGAGGAAUCACGUAACUUAAUCCAGGCGACUUCUACUCUUGCUCAGGGGAAGGACCUUCACCUAUGGGUCUUUUUGACCCCGCAGGUGUGAUUUUUAGUGUUACAAUGAAGAUAGAUGAGCUCCAGGAUACAUGGACCUCGAGUAUUUUGCCAGGUUAAUAAUGUACAUGUAGACAUACAUCCCCAUCUUGACUUACAUCCUUAAAACUUGUUCUGGGAUAUUCUUGAGUGAGGGGUGCUGGCUGCUGCCUGUUCCACUGAUUAGGUCUCCUUUCUUCCUGAUUAGGUUUGAAGUACACGGAGGUGAACACAUUAAAGCACAUCUCGCCUUAACAUAACCUUGCCAUAUCCCGCAUUUUGCAACACCUUUACAUCAAACAAAAUUAUUUUGUUUUUUCACAGAGCAGCUCCUGGCAAAGCCCUUGAAUUGGCUAGGUAUUUCCUGACUAGUACAAGCGGUGUCCCGGCAAUAGGCGACACUGCGAACUUAACCGGUGUCGCCUCCUCGUGCCCGUGUCGCUCGCGGUGGCUUAGGCGGAGCGAAGGGCGGCCUCACGCUCGGCGCUGGGCAGCCGCAGCAGCGGCGCGGACUCACGGCGGCCGCCAUCGCCUCAGGCCGCUC